AUGGCCCCAAAGGCGACCAAGUCGUUCCCUAAUCCAGCUUUACCAUCAGACAAAGUCCCAGACUCCAACCUGCCCGACUCCAGACCCUUUGCAGACUAUACCGAGCGCGGCACCAUCCUGGUCAUCAGCCAACCAGCAGGCCAGUCUUGUGCAGUUGUCGGAGGGAUCAUGGCAACUCGCAUCAAGCAUCUCGGUGCAAAGGGCCUCGUCGUCGAUGGCCGCGUGCGAGAUGUCGUCGCACUGAACGACACUCAGCUGCCCAUCUGGUCCAGGGGCACCUCCGUCAUCGGUGCGGGAGCCGAGACCAAGCUUCAUGCGCGCAAUGUGCCUAUAAGGGUGGGCGAGACCAUCGUGGAGCCGGGAGACAUUGUCAUGAUAGAUCCGUUUGAGAACGGGGUCGUGGCUGUGCCGCAAGCAAAGGUGGACGAGCUGCUUGAGCUGCUGCCCAAGCUUGUAGGAGCAGAUGAGAGGGUGCUUGCAGAUGUUGAGCAGGGCGUUAGUGUGCAGGAAGCCUUCAAGAGGCACCGCACACUCACAAUGGGUAUCACCGACUUCUUCACCGACGUCUGGGAGACGUUUGCCCAGCCCUCCCCCGACGCCGAAGCGCCCCAGGGUGGCAGUAGCACCAAGACGCCCGCGUCCGGCACCGACGAAGAGUCCAGCGACGAGGCCGAGGUCAACAAGAAAGACCAGAGCAAGGGCGGCUCUCAGGAGCAGGGGCACAAGCCAAGUGGCGGAGAUGAUGCGGAUGAGGAGCCAGAAGAGGAAGAGGAGGAGGAAGAGGAGCCGGAUCCAAAGGAGCAGCUCGAGAAGGAAUGCGCCGAGUCCAAGGAGUGCCACGGCCCAAAGCACCACUAUGAUGAGUGCGUCGAGCGCGUAACAGGCCAGAUCGAGAACGAUGGCAAGGCCAGCGAGGACUGCGUCGAAGAAUUUUUCCAUCUUGCUCAUUGCGCGACCCAGUGCGCUGCUCCCAAGCUCUUCGCCCAGCUCAAGUAA